UCUCUCUCUCUCUCCAUUUUCGUUAAUUAGCGGUUUAAAAAGAAAGACAAAAUUAAACCUUAAAAUCGCAAAAAAAAACAUUUUAAUUUGUUUAUUAGUAGUCCAUUCUCUAUCUCGAGAAGAACCAGAAACAUCCCACUGAUCUCUCUCGAAACAGUUCUUCCUUUUUUACAGAGUCAAAUACAAAAACGCAGUGAAAGCGACAAACUAUCCGUGACCUCCUCGAUUCUUUUCUGGUUUUUUUUCGGAAUUUUUAUCCAAAUUCCCUCUUUUUUUCUCCAUUUCUCUUUCACGUGAUCAUAUACUUUCUUUUGUUUUGUGGUAGACAUUGCUUAAAUCUUCGGGACUCUUUUGCUUUAUUACUCUUUAUAAAUAUCACCCCUCAUUACUCUCUCUUUCAAUUCAAAUCUCUUCCAACGAUCUUAAAUCCUCUUCCAACUCUCUGUAUAAUGGGUUCUGAGUCUUUUCAUUCUGUUCGUGGAGUCUGAAUUUGGGAAUCUGAAUUUGGGAUUCUGGGGUUUUGGGUUUCGAAUCUGAACAGUACAGAAUCUUUCUUCUUACAUACUUUUUUUUUAGUUUGGCUUGAUUUUGUUUCUUUAAGACAAAAAGAGAAUGGGUAAGAUGAUGUCUGGUCUCAUCAUAACCAUUUCUCUACUAUGCACAAGCUUUCUUGUUUCUGUCGCAAAAGAGUGCACAAACACUCCUUCGCAGCUCUCAUCGCAUACUUUCCGCUACGACCUCCUGCAAUCGAACAACGAUUCUCUCAAGACAGAGAUGUUCUCUCAUUACCAUCUAACACCAACUGAUGACACAGCUUGGUCUAGUUUGUUGCCAAGAAAGAUGCUGAGAGAAGAGGAAGAUGAAUAUGGUUGGACUAUGAUGUAUAGGAAGAUCAAGAACUCAGAUAACGCCGCUGGUAGCUUCCUCAAGGAUGUUUCUCUGCACGACGUUAGGCUGGACCCAGACACCUUCCACUGGAGGGCUCAGCAGACAAACCUUGAGUAUCUGUUGAUGCUGGAUGUUGAUGCUUUGUCCUGGAGCUUCCGCAAAGCAGCUGGUCUUGAUGCUCCAGGAAAUUACUACGGAGGAUGGGAGAGUCCAGUCAGUGAACUCCGCGGCCAUUUCGUCGGUCACUAUUUGAGUGCAACAGCUUAUAUGUGGGCAAGUACUCAUAACGAUACUCUCAAGGAGAAAAUGUCGGCUCUUGUCUCAGCUCUAUCUGCUUGCCAGCAGAAAGUUGGCACAGGGUAUCUCUCUGCUUUCCCUUCCAGUUUUUUCGACCGGUUUGAAGCUAUAGUUCCUGUAUGGGCUCCUUACUACACCAUUCACAAGAUUUUAGCCGGUCUGGUGGAUCAGUACAAGUUGGCUGGGAACACUCAAGCUCUGAAAAUGGCAACGUGGAUGGCUGAUUACUUCUAUGUCCGUGUUCGUAAUGUGAUAAACAAGUACAGCGUUGAACGACAUUGGCAAUCACUAAACGAGGAGACUGGUGGCAUGAAUGAUGUCCUCUAUCAGAUCUACAGCAUCACUGGAGAUUCCAAGUAUUUGCUGCUCGCGCAUCUCUUUGACAAGCCUUGCUUUCUUGGGGUGCUUGCGAUUCAGGCCGAUGAUAUAAGCGGAUUCCACUCUAACACACAUAUUCCCAUUGUUGUUGGAUCCCAACUCCGGUAUGAAAUCACUGGUGAUCCACUCCAUAAGGAAAUCUCAAUGUUUUUCAUGGACAUAGUUAAUGCGUCUCACAGCUAUGCAACUGGAGGAACAUCAGUCAACGAGUUCUGGCAAGAUCCGAAGAGAAUGGCGACCACGCUGCAAACUGAAAACGAGGAAUCAUGUACUACUUAUAACAUGCUCAAGGUCUCUAGGAAUCUGUUCAGGUGGACAAAAGAAGUUAGUUAUGCAGACUAUUACGAGCGUGCUUUGACUAACGGCGUGCUCGGAAUUCAAAGAGGAACCGAGCCUGGACUGAUGAUCUACAUGCUCCCAUUGGGCAAAGGUGUUUCUAAGGCCGUGUCUUAUCACGGUUGGGGAACGCCCUAUAACGCCUUCUGGUGUUGCUAUGGCACUGGAAUUGAAUCCUUUUCAAAGCUUGGAGAUUCCAUUUAUUUUCAAGAAGAUGGUGUAUCUCCAGCUAUUUAUGUCACCCAAUAUAUAUCAAGCUCACUCGACUGGAAAUCUGCUGGUCUCUUGCUAUCUCAGAAAGUUAAACCCGUUGUGUCGUGGGAUCCGUACAUGCGUGUGACAUUCUCUUUCUCUUCUUCCAAAGGGGGAGUGGGGAAGGAGUCGACUUUGAAUCUAAGAAUUCCAGUCUGGACAAACUCUGAAGGUGCCAAAGUGUCUUUGAAUGGCCAAGCCCUGAAAGUACCAGCUUCAGGCAAUUUCCUAUCAAUCAAACAGAACUGGAAAUCCGGUGAUCAAGUAACGAUGGAGCUACCGUUGAGUAUCAGAACAGAGGCUAUAAAAGAUGAUCGGCCUGAGUACGCAUCUCUUCAGGCCAUACUCUAUGGCCCCUACUUGUUAGCCGGACACACGAGCAGAGACUGGAGCAUCACAACAAGUCAGGCUAAAGAUGGAAAAUGGAUAGAAUCUAUACCUGAAACUCAUAACAGUCACCUUGUCACACUCUCACAACAAUCUGGAAACAUAUCUUACGUCUUGUCAAAUAGCAACCGAACCAUCACGAUGCAAGUAUCGCCUGCGCCAGGGACACAAGACGCCGUUGCCGCGACUUUCAGGCUCGUGAGUGCUGGUUCCAAAGGACGGAUUUCGGGUCCAGAGGAGCUAAUUGGAAGCCAGGUCAUGAUCGAACCGUUUGAUUUCCCUGGCAUGCUUGUGAUGCAAGCAACUGAUAGCUUCCUUGCGGUUCAAGAUUCUUCUUCUGCCGCCCAAGAAGCUUCUACCUUUCGAUUAGUAUCUGGAGUUGACGGGAAGGCAGGAAGCGUUUCGUUAAGGCUAGAGAGCAAAAAGGGUUGUUUUGUGUACAGCGAUCAAACCCUAAAGGCGGGAUUGAAACUGAUGCUUAAAUGUGAUUCGGAUGCGACUGAUGAGAAGUUUAAACAGGCAGCAAGCUUUAGGUUAAGGAAAGGAAUGAGUCAAUACAAUCCAAUGACUUUCGUGAUGAGCGGAUCACAGAGGAACUUUGUGUUAUCGCCAUUGUUCAGCUUAAGAGAUGAAACAUACAAUGUGUACUUCAGUUUACAAAAUUGAAGAAAGAAAAAGUUAAAAACUCCUUCAAGUACAUUGGGAGAAAAAUAAGAAAAGUCUUACGGAAAUAGCUAUAAGGGUUGUGUUUAGAUGUUUAGCCUCUUAGGUGGUUUGUGUUAUGCAAUUUAAUCUACAAAUGUAUGAUGUUCCAUGUUAUUAAUUACAAUAAUAUAUAGACAAGGUUUUUUUUAUAUAAAUUGUGAUGAUAAUUAUUGCACAUCUUUAUUGUAUAAUUCUUGAAUGUGAAACAUUCUAAAAAUAGAGCAGAC